AGAAAAAAAAGUCUGGUCUUCCCACCACCGCGUCUUGUGUAAAGUGAGGUAUUCAUUGACUUCGUUCUUCAUAUAUAGACGUGUAGCAAGUUUUCCAUCAGAACUAUAAUCCUCUUUUACAAACCAAUUUUAGCAAAAAUAUCAAAUAAUGCCAGCAAUGGAUUCCUCAAGAUUUCUAUUCUGCCUCUUUCCCAUUCUGUUUCUCAUGAUUAAUCAAGCCCUUGGUCAAAAUUGCAUAGACGGAAAAGGAAACUAUACCACCAAUAGUACCUAUCAGACAAACCUCAACCGCCUCCUCUCCUCCCUGCCCUCCGACGAAAACGGCAACGGGUAUGGCUUUUAUAAUGCAUCCUAUCGCCUAAACUCGUCGAACGAGCACAUUUAUGCAAUCGGGCUUUGUAGAGGAGAUGUCACGGUGGGAGAUUGUCGUAGCUGCCUAAAUAAUUCCCGAUAUGAUCUCCUUCAGCGUUGUCCUAAUCAGAAGGAAGCAUUUGGAUCGUAUGAGAAAUGCAAUUUACGCUACUCAAACCGCUCCAUCUAUGGCGUCAUGGAAACUGAGCCUUCGCGGCCUUCGCCGUAUUACUGGAACAUAAAUAACAUAUCGUCGUCCGAGCUGGAUGGAUUCAACCAAGAGCUGGAGAAGCUACUGGACAGCAUAAGAAGGGAAGCUGCAGCUGGCGGUUCUCUUCGGAAAUUUGCAUUCGGAAACACAAGUGCCCCAACUUUCCAAACAAUAUUUGCACUAGCGCAAUGCACGCCAGACAUAUCAGAGCAAAAUUGCAGUGAUUGCUUAGUUGGGGCUUUUGCAUAUAGCUCCAAUUUUUACGGGAAAGUAGGUGGGGGAGUUAAUAAACCUAGCUGUUACUUUAGAUUCGAUCUUUACCCCUUCUAUGACCCUACAACUGUCAAACAACUGCCAUCUCCGCCACCAAUACAUUCUCCACCACCAUCAACCAAUACCACAAACACUUCACAAGGAUCGAAGAGCAGCAAAUCUCGGACUGUCAUCAUUAUUGUUGUGUCAAUUAUUGCUUCUUUGGUAUUAGCAAUGUUCAUGGGCAUUUGUCUAAGAGUACGGAAGGCAAAGAAAAAGCUUCAAAGUAAUUUAAUUCCAGACGAAGACAUGGAUGAAAUUGGAAGUGCAGAAUCCUUGCAAUUCAAUUUUGACACCAUUAGAUUGGCCACAGAUGACUUUUCUGAAGCCAAUAAACUAGGACAAGGGGGAUUUGGUUCUGUUUACAAGGGUAGGUUAUUCAAUGGAGAAGAAAUAGCAGUGAAAAGGCUCUCCGUAAAUUCUGGACAAGGAGAUUUGGAGUUUAAAAAUGAGGUCUUGUUAGUGGCAAAGCUUCAACACCGAAACUUAGUUAGGCUCUUGGGUUUCUGCUUGGAAGGAGUUGAAAGGCUUCUUAUUUAUGAGUUUGUCCCUAAUGCAAGUCUGGACCACAUCAUAUUUGACCCAAUCAAGCGUGCACAACUAGAUUGGGAUAGGCGCUACAAAAUCAUAGUAGGCAUUACUCGAGGGCUCAUUUACCUUCAUGAGGAUUCACGGCUUAGAAUUAUCCAUCGUGAUCUCAAAGCUAGUAAUAUCUUGAUAGAUGAAGAAAUGACUCCCAAGAUAUCAGAUUUUGGCAUGGCAAAAUUGUUUGGGGUUGAUCAAACACAAGGCAAUACCAGUCGAAUUGUGGGGACCUAUGGAUAUAUGGCUCCAGAAUAUGCGAUGCAUGGGCACUUUUCUGUUAAGUCAGAUGUCUAUAGUUUUGGUGUCUUAGUUCUGGAGAUAGUGAGUGGACAGAAAAAUAAUUCCUUUCGUCAUGGCGAGAACAUGGAGGAUCUUCUAAGCUACGCAUGGAAAUGUUGGAAGGAAGGGACAGCUUCAAAUCUAAUAGAUCCCGCGUUGACGAACGGUUCAAGAAAUGAAAUAAUGAGAUGCAUCCAUAUUGGGUUGCUAUGUGUGCAAGAAAAUAUACCCGAUAGGCCAACCAUGAAUGCUAUUGUUCUAAUGCUUAACAGUUAUUCAGUCACUCUUCCAGUACCCUCACAACCAGCAUUUUUCAGAGAUAGUAACGUUGGAUCUGACAUGACUUUGGGAUGGAAGAAUAGUUCGGAGGUGAUUACAACCGGGUCGGAUCGAUCCAAUGGCAACUCUGUCAAAGCACCAGAAAAUGAGGUUUCAUUGAUCACUGAAGUAUAUCCUAGAUAGCUUCUUAAGAUGAAAACUGCAUUUCUAAAAAAAGAUUAUAAUGUGUAAUUUACCAUUUAUUUGGUCAUUUUUCUUUUCAAUGGUUUAGGUAAUUUGCAAUAAGGCUUGUAAUGUAAAAGAGAUAGACCAAGAGUUGUUUUGGGACCAGUCUACCAAUCACGGUAGAAAGUUAACCAAUCAAACGAGGACUUUGAUUAAUUGGACUUGAAUUUUCUCC